AUGCCUGUGGAACAAAUACAGUACUCCGAGCGAUACACUGAUGACGUUUAUGAAUACAGACAUGUUAUCCUGCCUCAAGAUAUCGCUCGCUUAGUCCCCAAAUCCCACUUGAUGACGGAGACUGAAUGGCGCAACCUUGGCGUCCAACAGAGCCCCAACUGGCUGCAUUUCAUGGUCCAUAACCCAGAACCCCAUGUCCUAUUGUUCCGGAGACCCAGGAUGGAUAUACAAACGCCUGUAAACGGCCUGGAUAGUAAUACUAAUUCAGCUGUUAAAGUAUGA